AUGGAACUGCUACGCCGAGCUUUUAGUUCAGUUCUGGGCAUUUCUUUUGGACUGAUUAUUUUUCUCACCUCAUUUUUUGGUGAUUAUUUGAUAACAUUGAUUAUGCCCAUACUGUUCCUGAACCGGCAUCAUCUAUGGCGCUCACUGAUGGAUCGGGCGAUCAGUUUCUGGAUUAUAAUUCCGAUUACUUUUCUGGAAUACAUAUUUGGUGUGAAAUUCAAGUUGACAGGUGAUACAAUAGAUGGUGAUCGGCCAGCAAUAAUCAUAAUGAAUCAUCGAACAAGACUAGACUGGAUGUAUUUUUGGGCAGCAUUAUUCAAAAUUAACCCACAUCUACUAAUUAGCUCAAAAAUCGCUUUGAAAUCCGAGCUUCGCCGAAUACCAGCCGCAGGUUUCGGAAUGGAAGCAAAUCAGUUCAUUUUCUUGGAACGCAAAAUUGAAGAGGAUAAGAAGCGCAUUUCUGAAGCUGUUUAUUAUUAUUCGACAAUUGGAGCUAACUAUCAGCUGAACGGUUACAGCACUUUUUUCGUCUUUUAUUAUCGCAUUGUGAUAAUGUAA